AUGGUGGCAAAGGAUCCGAAUAUCGAUGGUCAUAAUAUUGUCACUGUGAUCAUUGACUGGGAGCUCAGCGGCUUUCAUUCGAAGUAUUUUGAGUGUACUACUUUACCUAACGCGCCCCGUGGGCGUAGCGAAUGGAACCGACUAACUAAGACUUUCGCAGAUGAUCGGACAACUCUUUAA